UGGGGUUAUUUUAAUCCUGUUUGUAUUUAAUUUAAAAACCCGAUUAAAGAUAUGAGUAUACGGCAGUUAUGUCUUUCAUUGAGAGAAUGGGUAUAUCACGAAGAAAUGAAUUUAAUCCGAGACGAAGAGCAACACAUAGAAGCAAAAAUAGAAAACCUCAAGUUAGAUAUGGAACAUUUCAAAAUUGUUCAGUAUAAGCUCGAAGCAUUCGAAAGCUUACUUGAUAUUAUUACCGAGCCACCUGGGGCUCAUACACUAAGGAUGCCCACCGACGAAAAGCUAAGAUCAACGACAUUUCCUGGAUUUGCAAAUACUGAACAUUUGAACCAGGAGCUUGAAGAAAUCAUAAACAACCUAAUGUGCCAUCAACAGAGUGUGUUAAAUGACGAUGUCUACCAAAAGACUAUGCUAACAGAAGCAAUGCAAAUCGUGGAACUUUUAAAAGAAAAAAUAGAUACUAAUUUCAAGCAACUUUUGGGCGAACACAAUUUGAAAAUAUGUAAUGAAAUAGAUGAAUUAAUGCAUUUGUGCGGUACGUCUUGUAAACAAGUGGACGAAAUGUAUUACACGUUUGGCACACAUAUGAUUAGUAGAAUUGUGGAAGGAUUAGACCAUCAGCAGGUAGCAUUAAAACAACUUACAAUGGAUAUCGUGGAUCUUAACUUAACACUGGAUGUGAAUACCUUGCAAAUCUGUCCAAUGAGCUGGGAUAUCUACUCAGGUCUUGGCGCGGACAACUUAAACUUCCAAACAGUGAAAGAGAAGGACCUUAGAGAUGGAGAUCCGGGAUACAGAGACAUAGAUCGAUUUGAGAAAGAGUUAAAAAAUGUUUCACAAAUGAGAGGAACAUUUUCAGAAAAUGUAAAUCAAAUGAAAGACAGAUUACUCGAAGACAAGACUGUGCUAACUGGUGUUCAUAACCAGCUGAAGAAAUUCAUUUCCGUAGCCUGUACCAUAAUAAACUGUCUUAGGCAACCGUUUGGAGCAACAAUGGCACCCGAUCCUCAAUCAAAGCAAAAUCCUGUUCAAUUUGAAGUUAUUUAUGAUCGUAUAGAAUCCACCAGACAACAACAGCUGCCAUUUUCUGUUUCUCAGUCCUUACUUGAAACAACCGACACACGAGAGCGGAAACAGAACCAAGUUGAGCUGAAAUUUGCCAAUAUAAAUACGAUAUAA